AUGUUUUGCAAGAGUCGAGGGCAGGGAAACGAGCUGCAAGUGUUGCCUUCUGAAAUUUCUAAGAAAGAACGGGUGUACAAAUCUCAGUCUGAGACCCAGUCUGUACCCUCAAAAGAAAUAACUGGCCGAGAACUUCUUGAGUUCAUGCAACAGCCAGGCCUGAAGAAAACUGGAUUCAAAAUGAACAAGUACAUUAAGAAUGUGGCAUCCGGUGGGGUCCUACCUGAAAUUACUGAAGAGGGUCAUAUUCCAUCACCCAGUCAUCGUAAAUUAGUUGCUGUCCUCAACAAAGAUGCUGAAUUUGUCCCAACGUCAGUCCAUGGGGAGACUAAAAUGCCAACGCACCAGUCCAUACCAGGUCAGAUACUGUCUCCAACACCAGGUCCAAUGAAAUCAUUGCCCCAAACAUCUCAAGUCAGCUCACCCUCUUCUACACUGUUUACUAAUAUCAGAUCACCAUCUCCAAGUUAUAUGCAGUCACCAUCACCCACCCAAAUUAGAUCGCCUCCACCACCUCAAGUGAAGUCCCCAGUUUCAGACCCUCCCCAAAGGGCUAAUGUCCACUCCUCUUCCUCCUUCCAGGUUUCCCACAUGAGAUCCCCUCCACCACCCCCACCACCACAAAGAAAUUCACCUGCACUAUCUGCUCAGCUUAGCUCACAACCAACCCAAGUGUGGUCACCAUCUUCUAUCCCCUCAGCCCAGGUAUGGUGCCCGCCAUCUCAUGUAAGAUCGCCUUCACCUGCACAGGUAAAAUCACCCCUUCCUUUCCAACAAACCAUGGUAAGGUCACCACCUCCACAGGUAAAAUCCCCUCCCCCCCUUUCUCGUUCACAGGUAAGAUCUCCUCCUGCCCCUCCUCGUGCACAUGUAGGAUCCCCUUCUCCUCCUCCACGUUCACUGGUAGGCUCUCCUCAUCUGCAUGCACAAAAUAAAGGGUCUCAAGAAACGGACGUUUGCUCAUUUGUCUCCCCUGUUUCCUUCCCAGACAAUACUGCCAUCUUUGAAGUAUAUGACAAUGUUGAUCUAUCUGUAUCAGUGAGUGCUAAUGAAGAAGAUUCCAGAGACGUUUGUGAGGUUACAAUGCAGGAAAAUGAAUCUGUGGAGAAAAGAUCUGUACAAGAAAUAGAGGCUUGCAUAGUUGUCUCCCCUGUUUUCUCAGCAGAGGGAACAACUUCUCAUGAAGAGCAUAAGGAUGUUACUACUCCUGUGCUAGUUAAUGACAAGGAGGAAGAUUCUACUAAAUUAUAUGAAGCUCCUGUUGGGGAAAAUGAAUCUUAUGAUGGUGAGGACAUCUCCUUUUCAGUUGUCCUUGAAGAUUCUUUUGACACUGAAAUUAUCACCCCAACUGAAGAGCUUGAAAAUCUCUGGGUUAAUCCAAGUCCAAUGCCAAAUGAAUAUCUGCCUGACAAAUCUACUGCUGAUGAGUUUACAAUUCCCACAGAAAGAGACAUUACAGACUUUGAUAUCCAACCAGAUAGAGUUGAAGCAUGUGAACCUGAGACAGAAAGUAUAUCUAGUAAGAGUUUAGAAUGUCUCCCAGUAAAACCUUUGUUAGUAGAAGAUCCCACUCUUGUAGCAGUUACUGAAAUUGAGACAACAUUCAAACCAGAAGUGAUUUCAGAUUGGAUGACUGUGCCAGAUGUCAGUUCGGAACCACUCCCUUCUAGUCCUGAAGAUGUUUCUACUGUUGUUCUCCAAGAAGCAGAAGCACCUCCAGUUAAAGAGGUGUCUGACUAUGCAGUUACUCCAGAGACACUUACGGAGAGUAUUACUGUUCCUGGCAGUGCCACAGAGUCCACUGAACUGGCACCUUUCAUUUCAGUCAUUUCCCUUAUAGAGCCAGAGAUGCCAGUGUUUGAAACUCCACCUGAAGUUUUUGAUAUUCCUGUACAAAAUCUGGUUUCCACAGAGGUAAAUGCUGGUGCAUUUGCUGAAAUAUUAGAGCAAAAAGCCAUAUUAUAUGCACCUUCUGAAAAAGAAGACAGCAAUCUGACUGAAGAACAAGAAAUAUCCUUUGACCAACUGAAACAGACUAUCAAAGAAGAAAUGCUAAAGUCUGAAGAUAUCAGUAAAGUGCUUGUCUUAGAGAGCAUGAAAAGCUCUGGGCCAAAUGGGUCACCAGAUGAUUGUGAAUAUGAAGAUGCUAUUUGUUACAGCUCUGAUGAUUCCCUUACAUUUGAAGACACCCUCACAUCGCCAGUAUUGCCACGACGUGUUUACAAAGAAGUUGUUCGUGCCGAGAUAGGAUCUCGGGUAGAAACACUUCAGUCUUGGGCAAAACCAGAACCCUUGAAAUCCUGGCCCAACCAAGAAAACUUACAAUUGUGUACUGAAGAAGAGGCUACGGAUCUGGCUGAAGAUCUGAAUUCAGAAGAAUUUCAUGAGGCUGAAGAUGGUAUUUCAAAUAAGGAUGAGGUUCCUUUUAAUUCUGAUCAGCAACAGUUGGUGUAUACACUGCCAACUAUUUAUGAAGCCACUGAAGAAUCUCUUGAAGAAGAACGAAGAAUUCUUCGUGAGAUUGACCAUGUCGACCAGCUGAUUGGUGAAUGUGUAGAAACCUUAGAAAUGUCACCUGUGGAACUGGCCCAAGUCCAGGAGCAAGAUCCAAUUCUUCGAGGUACUGAGUUACCAGAUUUUAUCUCUGAGAUGAAAUUUGAAAGAGAUGUCCGAAUAGGUUCAGUUCUCUGUGGUCUUGCCAAUCUCAAGAAUGGCCCUGUUCUUCCUGCAGGUACUGAUGAUUCUGCUACUCUCUUUGGUGAGCUCAAGAGAUCCCAAGGUUUAACAGCUUUGGAUCAGAUCUGUGCUGACCAGUCUUCAGAAAGCCCAGUUCAGGAUGGUAGUCCUGAAGAAAAGGUUUCUGAUAAUAUCGGUCCAGAGAUUUCUUCCGAUGAAGAAAUCUUUCAUUCAAUACCAUACAAUGUUGACACAGAAAAAUUUGAAGAGGAAAUCCUACCUGCAAUGUCCAGAAAGGUUAUCUUUGACAAAAUGGGUGUAGGAAAGGUACUAGAAGAAAAGCUUGAAGAAACAGAAGAUGAAAUUUCUCCUCCUCAAACUCGUUCUGAAAAAACAUCUGAAGAUGAGGAAGACAGUGUCAAAAAUUGGAUGGUAGAAGCUGGUAAGACUGAACUGCAGUUGCCAUCGGUGAUGCCAACACAGCAGUCACUGGCUGACAAAUUUGAAAACUUGAUUGAAUAUUUAGAAUCAGAUGCUGCUAAAGAAUUACAAGAAUUUGAACGGAUUGAGUCUGCCUGUGAGCGACUGUCCAAAGAGCAUCGCAAAGACAGUGUUGUUAGUGACGUCUCACUUGGGAAUCUUGAAAAAUCUGAUGAUUUUGAGAUGUUGAUCAAAUCUCUGGAUUCAGAACUUGAAGAUGAUAGGACUCAGAAUGUCCUUACCAACCCCAAGGAAGACCUUGUUCCAGGAGUGGUCCUUGCUCCAAUUAAUGAAGAUUGCCAAAAAAUGGACAUUUGUGAUUCUGAUGAUCAUGUCAAUCACCCUAAAGAUUUUGGGACUUUGUCAUCCAAAGAAGAUUUUUUUGAUGCCUAUUCUGAAGCAGAGUACUCCGAGUACAUGCUCUGCAGAGAUCCUGAAGAUUCUGGUUAUGUUGAUGCUGUUCCUAUUGAAGAUACUACCGAUGAUGAUUUCAAGAAGCUGAUGAUGCUUAAACGGUCAAAGAUUCAGGCUAUGACUCAAAGUGCGUCUCCGCAAGCAGAUGAAGAGGUCAAUGAAGACACACAAAGCUGCACUGAUAGCGAUUACCUCAAUUACAUGAGGGAUAGAGAAAUGGAAACUUAUGAACUGAUGACAUCAGAAGUACCUGUAAUGUCAUGUAAAGCAACUGACAUACAAAACCCAGCCUUAUCCAUCAAUGAAAAAGCUGUUCCUCCUUCAGAAUUUGUUAUAACUUCUCUGGAAUCAGAACAGGAACAUGGAACCAUUUCUGAAGACAUCUCUUUGAUGCCAGCUUCUUCGAUUGAAACAAAUGAAAUGCCUGUGGUUGUCAGUGAUGAAAUUGAAGAAGAAUAUUUCACCAUAAGAGGUGCCGAACACACUGUGGAAAAGGCAUUUGAAUAUCUUUUAUCAUCCAAAACAGCAUUAUUAAAAGAUAAUAAAACUUCCCCAGAAUCAAAUACAUUUAGUUCAGCAGAACAUUCAGGUUCAACAUCUGUGAAAGAAUUUGUUGCCCUUCAAACUGGGGAUUCACUAGAAGGUGAAGCAAUCAAACUUAGUAAUAAAGACAAUGUUCUUGAAGGUGACAAUAUUUCUAUUACUGAGACACAAUCCAAAAAUGAGGAAUUAGCUUCAGUUACUUCCUUGAAGCAACCAGCCCCUGUUGCCCCUCCUCCAUCAUCAUCUUCACCAAAGCAACCAGCCCCUGUUGCUCCUCCUCCAUCAUCAUCUUCACCAAAGCAACCAGCCCCUGUUGCUCCUCCUCCAUCAUCAUCUUCCCCAAAGCAACCAGCCCCUGUUGCUCCUCCUCCUUCAUCAUCUUCACCAAAGCAACCAGCCCCAAUAGCUCCUUCACCAUCAUCCUCACCAAAGCAAUCAGCUCCAGUUGCUCCUUCUCAGUCCUCAUCAUCACCACCAAAGCAACCAGCCCAAAUAGCUCCUUCACCAUCACCCUCACCAAAACAACCAGCCCCAGUUGCUCCUCCAUCGCCUUCAUCCUCAUCAAAGCAACAAGCCCCUAUUGCUUCUUCAUCAUUAUCAUCAUCUCUCCAGUCUUCAGCAAUCAAUACAUCCCAAGCAGAGACAACCACAUCUAGUAGUGUCUCCUUAGAAUCAAACAGGGAUGUUACAUCCAUAGCACUGGCUUCAAAGGUCCCAGUAAAAAUCAAAAGUGGGACAGAAUUAUCAGAAUCCUACCAGAGAAAAGCUGCAUUUCUUUCCAGUGUCCCACAACCAGUUGAGGAUUCUUUCCUUCACAGGGGUUCUUCCUCUUCAUCUUUGUCUGAAUUAAAAUUUGUGCAGCCACCACCAUUGCCUCGUUCUUUGAGAGAUCAGGAACCUCCUCAGCCACCAGCUCGAGAGCAUUCAAUGGAUAACAUUCCAUCAGAUUCCUUGAAAUCUGAGAGCACCAAUGGGGCACCACUAUGUGCUCCUGAAGAUACAAAGAUCAUCAAUCCUUCUCUGGAACACUCUAAGACUGCUCAUAGCAAUGGUUUGGAUGAAUCCUCAACAUUAGCCAAGUCCUCCCAAAGUCAAAGUUUGAUACGGACAAAUUCCCCUGCAAAACGAUUUCGGGACCUAAAACAUUUCUCCAGAAUCAGUAACAUGACAUACAACGAAGUCAUUGAAAUGGAAGAAGAAGAAGAUCGAAGACGCUAUGAUUUUGGCACAAGUCGGCGCCUUAGAGAAAUGAGGUACUUUGGUCGAAUGUGUCGUGUUGACUCUGAAGAGUCCAUGAUGUCUAAGAAAUCUGUCAGUUCUGAUUCUGGAAUUUUGGCUGGCUAUCAUGAUCUUAAACACUCCAGUGGUAUGACCACAUCAUCCACCUCAUUACAAGCCCCUGGUGCUUCAGCCGUUGGUGGGCACAGACCUAAAGGCAUGUCAGAUUCUGCCGUUUCAAUUGAUAAUCCUAAAGAAUUUGAGCCAAUCAUGUCCUAUGUAACAUACAGUCAGUCUGAAAAUGCAUCUCCAGCGGAAAUACAGCGGUAUUCAUCAUCAGUCAGUGGACGAGCAAACACACUCCAGCCAUCAGACAGACACCGUCAGGAUGUUAGUGCCUAUGGGAGGAUUCAGAAAGGACAUGACAUUACCCGCAGUACUCAUAGCUUGGAUUAUCAUGCAGGGCAUUCCAGAUUUGUGCACCCAGGUGUUGGAUUGGGUGACCAGGAUGUGGCCAGUCAGGGUUUUCAGGAUUCUGGAUUAUGUGCUUCAAAUUUCUCGGUCAGUGGUCAAGAUUCGGAUGAUAGCAGAUCAAUGGUGUCUUCGGUUUCUUUCAUUAGGCCAGUGGAGAAUAUUGUGAUGGACGAUGAUAGCGAGUCAAUUUAUGAGGAUGUUGCAAUGUACCCUAGUUCAGAGACACUGUCAAUGAGAUCAGAUGCCGGAUCAGUAAAAUCAUUGAGCAAACUGAAAAAGCCACCACCUCCACCUCCAUCUCAAACAAUCACUCGUUCACUGGGGGGCUCAUCCCCUCCUGUACCCCCUUUCCCUGUAUUCCUCAACCUGGAUGACCCACUUCUUAAGCAAGGUGUUCCUAGUGCCUCAAGUGAUUGCAACUACAGUUACCAGUCCUCGGAAUACAAAACAAGUUCAUCGACCUGUUCUACUUUAGAUAGAGAGAGCACCCUUGGCAGAGGCAGUGGCUUUUCAGUGCAUGACGGACAUGUAUCAGCCUUUACACCCUUGCAGCCAAUGCCUCCUGCAAUGGGCAUGCCAGACGUAGCUGAACAACACUCAACAUCAUCCCACAGUUACUCAAAGACGGAAUCCAUGGAGUCUAAGUCUGAGACGUUCCAGAAAAAUCAGCAAACAAAGAUGGAGCAUACAGAACAGUAUGCAGCAUCAUCCUCCUCUUUUUCAUCUUCGUCUUAUUCAUCCCAACAACAGCAUCAACAGGCAUGCUCACAGCCUCCACCACAACUGAUGGUGAUGGACCAAAAUCAGAUGACCCCGCCUGCAGCUUUUCCUCUACCACCAGAUUAUGAAUUGAAGCCAUCUGAGCAGAGCCAUAUUUAUAAGAAGAUAGAACGGAACGAACCAGCAAAGUCUUUUGAUGGAAAUCUGCAGUUGUCACAAGAGAAUCGGGAUAUUGUUACUGGACAGGAGAUUCCAAUUUCGCAACAGUUUGAAUCGAGUGUGUCCGAACAGCAGAGCCAAGCUUUGUCCGAGCAGCAGUCUUCUGUGACAUCUGAAGUUACAGAGAGCUCUCCCCCCACCCGAGCUUCCUUUCUUUUUCUUUUUUUUUUUUGUAUUUUCUCUUUAUUCCUUUUUUCUUUCUUUUUUCUCUCUUUUUUCUCUCUUUAUUUCUUUUUUUCUCUCUUUAUUUCUUUUUUUGCAUUCCAGUUCAAGUUCAUCCAAAUCCUUGCAGCUUUGAAUGCUUUUGUCCGCCAGAUGUCAGGGACAUCAUCAGCCGUGACGUCCACCCAGCUACAACAACAACAGCAGCAGAUGAAUAGUCAGAGUUAUGUGCAAAAUGCGUAUCCCCAGACACAGUCCCACUACCAGGAGAUACCGACACAUCCUCCCCAAACAGCAUCUACUGCUACGCGUGAACUGGACGAGCUGAUGGCCUCACUUUCAGAGUUCAGGCUUUUUUUAUUCCUAUCUUUUUUCUUGUUUUUGCUUUUUCCUUUUGUUUUUCUCCUUUUAUUUCUGUUUUUCUCCUUUUAUUUCUGUUUUUCUCCUUUUAUUUCUGUUUUCCUCCUUUUUUUCUGUUUUCCUCCCUUUUUUCUGUUUUUUUCCCUUUUUUCUUUUUUGUUUUUCUCCUUUUUUCUGUUUUUUUCCCUUUUUUGUUUUUCUCCUUUUUCUGUUUUUCUCCUUUUUCUGUUUUUCUCCUUUUUCUGUUUUUCUCCUUUUUUCUGUUUUUCUCCUUUUUUUUUGUUUUUCUCCUUUUUUUUCUGUUUUUCUCCUUUUUUUUCUGUUUUUUCUCCUUUCUUUCUGUUUUUUCUCCUUUCUUUGUUAUUUUUUUCUCUUUUUUUCUGUUUUUCUCUUACUUUUUACUUUUUUUCUUUCUUUUUUUCUUUCUUUUUUUUCUGUUUUUAUAUGACUUUUCUUUUGCCCUCAUUUUUAAUUCAUUUUUGA